GGACGGCCGACUUCUGCAAGGCCCAGGUGAGAAAGGGCCACCUGAGUCCCGGAUGAGGUCUUCCUGGGUUCUUUGGGGCUAGAGGAAUCCUGGUACUAUGGAUCACCUAUGUUUGCUUUGAGACAUGCUUUAGAUGUUUUUUUCUGGAAGCCCUGUAAAUACUGCAAAAAUUCAGUGUAUUGUUGUAAAGACAUAUGGCCAAUGGUGGCAGAGUCUACAUAGAACUAUGCUUCGUGGUGUUCUGGGAAAAACCUUUCGACUUGUUGGCUAUACUAUUCAGUAUGGCUGCAUAGCUCAUUGUGCUUUUGAAUACGUUGGUGGUGUUCUCAUGUGUUCUGGACCAUCCAUGGAGCCUACAAUUCAAAAUUCAGAUAUUGUCUUUGCAGAAAAUCUUAGUCGACAUUUUUAUGGUAUCCAAAGAGGUGACAUUGUGGUUGCAAAAAGCCCGAGUGAUCCAAAAUCAAAUAUUUGUAAAAGAGUAAUUGGUUUGGAAGGAGACAAAAUUCUCACCAGUAGUCCAGCAGGUUUCUUUAAAAGCCAUAGUUAUGUGCCAAAGGGUCAUGUUUGGUUAGAAGGUGAUAAUCUACAGAAUUCUACAGAUUCCAGGUACUAUGGACCUGUUCCAUAUGGACUAAUAAGAGGACGAAUCUUCCUUAAGAUUUGGCCUCUGAAUGAUUUUGGAUUUCUGCGUAACAGCCCUAAUGGUCACAGAUUCUCUGAUGAGUAGCAAACAUUUAUUCUUUUCAUUUGAUUAUUGUCUUCUGUUCAAAUGAGUUUACUGUCACUAAAACCAUGUACUUACUAAUAAACUGUUUGUUAUUCAAUUUUUAUUUUUAAUUGUUAAAAAUAAAGAAUAAGCACCACACA